GGAUACUGAGUUGGCUCACUCCUGGCAAAGGAGGAGACAGGGUGCUGCCAAGAGCCCUUUGAAGUGCUGGCAGACGGGGCGGGCAGACAGCCCUGGUUGGUGUUCCUGUCUGCUGACGUGUGGCUAUAAAUCACCUGCUGAAGCUUGGGCUUUUCCCAUACGGAUAGGCAUCCGGGUGUUGGCUCUCUGACCUGCUCUACUGGAGAAAACCUCCUCCUGGGGCCCUGCUUUCUGGCACAAUGCCUUCUCUCCCCAGUUCUGAUGAGCUGAUUUUCUUUGUGAAUGGAAGAAAGGUCGUAGAGAAGAGCGCCGAUCCUGAAAUGAACCUGCUGUUCUACCUGAGGAAAGUCCUCCACCUCACAGGCACCAAGUAUGGCUGUGGGAGUGGAGGCUGUGGCUCCUGCACUGUCAUGGUGUCAAGAUAUGACCCCAAGACCAAGAAGAUCCGUCAUUAUCCAGUUACCGCGUGCCUGGUGCCCAUCUGUUCUCUGUAUGGGGUUGCUGUCACCACGGUAGAAGGUAUAGGAAGCAUCAAAACCAGGAUUCACCCCGUGCAGGAAAGACUUGCCAAGUGUCAUGGCACACAGUGUGGCUUCUGCAGCCCAGGGAUGGCGAUGUCCAUCUACACGCUGCUGAGGAACCACCCAGAGCCGACCCCUGAGCAAAUAAUGGAAGCUCUUGGAGGUAAUUUGUGUCGCUGUACUGGAUACCGACCAAUUAUAGAAAGUGGAAAUACUUUCUGCGUGGCAUCACCUGUUUGUCAGAUGAAAGGAUCGGGAAAAUGUUGCAUGGAUCAAGAAGAAGGGUCUUUUGUGAGUCGGCAGGAAAAGAUAUGUACCAAACUGUAUAAUGAAGACGAAUUCCAGCCCUUGGAUCCAUCCCAGGAACCUAUAUUCCCUCCCGAACUGAUAAGGAUGGCGGAAGAUCCAAGCAAGAGAAGGCUGACUUUUCAAGGGGAAAGGACCACCUGGAUUACCCCUGUGGCCCUGAAUGACCUCCUGGAGCUGAAAGCCAAGUACCCCAAGGCCCCCCUUGUCAUGGGGAACACUGCAGUGGGACCCGGCAUUAAAUUCAAAGAUGAAUUCCAUCCAGUUUUCAUAUCUCCAUUUGGGCUUCCAGAACUGCAUUUUGUGGACAGCACAGACAAUGGGGUGACAAUCGGGGCGGGCUACAGCCUCGCCCAGCUGAAUGAUGCCUUAGCUUUUAUUGUUUCGGAGCAACCAAAGGAGAAGACUAAGACCUACCGUGCCCUCCGGAUGCACCUGAGGACGCUUGCCGGAGUCCAGAUCAGGAGUAUGGCGACUUUAGGAGGACAUGUGGUGAGCAGGCCGAAUUUUUCUGACCUAAAUCCAAUUUUAGCAGCAGGAAAUGCUACCAUCAAUCUGAUAUCUAAAGAAGGAGAACGGCAGAUUCCUUUAGACGGCCAUUUCCUUGAGAGAGCACCUGAAGCUGACCUUAAGUCAGAAGAGAUUGUGUUAUCUGUUUAUAUUCCCCACUCUACACAGACAUUUUUGCCUUCAUGA